UGUCGUUAUCGACUCCUAUUUAGGUAUCCCAGUUUUUGUUGUGCCGGUGUUGGUUGGAGUAAAUGAUCCAGAGGAUUUUAUAACCAAGGGUGCUUGUUGGUGUGGUGGCGAUGGUGUGUUGUUCUGGGUUUUUGUCGGUACUUUAGGUCUAAUCAUACUGGUAAGCUUUUUUCAAACGUCAUAACAAUUUUUAGUGCGGCAGAGUCAAGUAUACAAAUACAGUGUGCUCUACAGGUACGGUGGUCCCAUGUAACGAACGUACACCUUUGGAACUACGGCGUCCGAUCGCAUUUGCUAACAAAAAGAUUUGGUGUCUGCGUGUUGACUACUCAAUUCCACGUUGUUUUGGGACAUACAAAUGCCUUGACGAGAAUCGUUUUCGAAAACGCCCUAAUUUAAAACGAAUAACGCGUUCCUGUGUUUAACGUUCAACAAAAAAUGACUCAAUAAAGAAGGGGAAAACCAAGAUGAUAUGAGGAUUAAUUUUUGGUAUAUUUAUCUUUUCUUGCAUACGGAGCCGAUUCUUUUUGGGUGUGUCACUCUAAAGUUUGCCCAAUAAAUUUAAUUUAAUAUAGUUUGUGAUAAAUUUGCCCAACUUAUCUUGACUUUUAUCAACAUUUUGACCAAUUUUCUUGUUAAUUACUAAAUAACUUUUGUUAAAGGCAAUUGUCUACCCUGUCUCUUUGUCUCGUACGCAAUGUUUAUCUUCAGUUAUUUUUUAGGUCAAUGUAGUCAUCUUUAUUCUAGCCUUAAGAAAUGCUUUAUCCACCUGGGCAAGUACUUCAACCCGUACACAAGGCAGCGAAACAACUACAAAGGCAACGGUUUGUACCAAGUUGAGAAAAGCAAAAAUUGGUCUCAAAGGUUCAGCUGUACUACUGCCAAUACUUGGACUCACUUGGGUGUUUGGUUUACUGGUUUUCAAUCGAGAUGCAACUGUGUUUAAAUAUCUAUUCGCCAUCUUUAACUCUCUACAAGGACUGAUGAUAUUUCUUUUUCAUGUGCUUAUAAAUAAAAAGGUAUGCUUUUGAAACAAUAUAUUUAAUAUAAUUACUUUGUUCCAAGUAAAAAGAUCCCUCACAAGAACUUAUUUCUUGCAUGCCUAUUUCCCAAUAAUAAUACUUACGAACAGUAACAAAGUGCAUUUAAUCACUUUGUUACUAGCCGCGAGACUAAUUACCAGUGGGUCUGUGGUUUGUAUUUAUGAUUUUUUUUAUCUUUUUCAACCACUGGACAAACGUUUGGUAAUGGGAAUACUAAAGUAAUCUCCUUAGGUUUCUUAAAUUUUAAGGGAAGCGAACAUGUAUGGGGGCUGGGGAACAUACUCCUAAGACUUCUAAAAAUGUAACAUAUACUAUAUCUUUUCUUAAUAGAUUCACGAAGAAAUCAGCAGAGAAAGGAAAGCUCGCAAUGCUGGGCCACCUACCAAGACCAAGAGCAUGCCAGAUACCGCAUGUAAGUACAAAACCAAACCUUUCAAGGCACGUAGGAUGGUUCUUACACUUAGGGAGAGGGGGGAAUUCUAAAAUUUGUAGCCCCUAGAUCGUCAAAAAUGGCAUUCUAAAGACUUUUUUACAUCUUUCGUUAGACCUUUUCAUUAAUUAUUUCAUAAUGAUUUGUGAUUCUACGCUAUCCGUGAGUUAGGAUGGAUUAUUAUUAUUAAUUUGCCGAUCAUGAUCAGCGCAAAUCAAGUUUUUUUUGUUUUUUUUUUGGGGGGGGGAGGGAACUAUUUCGGUCCCGCUUUAUAAAGUAUUGGGUCGACGAAGCCGAGGGAAUUAUUGAGAUUUGAGGGGAAACAAAACUAUUUCCCGAGGGAACAAACAUUAAGUGUUUUAUAAUAGUUUUGUUUGUGGAAACACCACGUAAAUUUAUUACUACAAAGCUUUCGAUCCGUAAGCCCGGAUCUUCAUCAGUGCUAAUAAUAUGUGACAUCCGGGCUUACGGAUCAAAAGCUUUGCAGUAAUAAAUUUACGUGGUGUUUCCACAAACAAAACUAUCAUAUGUUUUAUCGCCAUGCAAACAUACAAAGAACUUAUUAAAUGUUUUGUUGUAAUUAUAGCGGCAAAAGAAAAAUCUAGCCUCUUCCGCAGACAUCUCACCUGAGGAAAUCAAAAUUCAUUCCGGCCAUUCGCAGGCUAAAACCAUAGAUAUAGGAGAACUAGAUUGCUGACUGUAAUGUAUUCUAUAACGCACGCGACGCGCCAACAUGAGCAUUCAAAAUGGCGGCUCAACCGGUCAAAAAUCAUAGAGCGAGAUAGGGAAAAACCAUGUUUUUCGCAUUUUACGCCUGCCUACUGUUUCCGAUCCCGUUCAACCACCUUUUUUGGGGAAGAACUAACUGGUGUGAAGGUUUUGGAUGAAUAUUUGUACAAUUUAAGUUGAAUAAAGACGAAAUAAUCGAUCGCUAAAUGUUUUCUGAAAAUCAUCACAUGGUCGGUUGAGCAGUUCGAGACAUUUUAUUGCAGAAAUUAAAGGUUUUGGUUCUUUGGGUGCUUUUUUUCUCGAGGAUCUCGGUUGGGAUAUAUAACAGGGAAUAAUAUUGUGAAGUAUUUUGAAGUUUAAAACCUAUUUUGCUUGAUUUACCUGGUCUGCUGGUGCGAAAACUAUGAUGCUCUGUUUACAAGUGUUUUAGUGUGACUUUGAUGACCUUGCUGCUGCAGAUGUCAAGGGAUCUCAAGUCUAUAUAGCCUGGACAGUGAAAUGUGAUGAAUCAAACAGGAUUUUAAAGAGAACUAGUGACAGCAAACGUUUUCAAUGGAAACUAUUUUGAAGAAACUGGCUAAUUUGUCUAGUAUGCAUCAAAAAAAUUCACAGUAUAUCUACACUGUAAAUCUCGCGGUGUUGCGGCAACACCAAAAAGGUGUAACAUUACACUAAUUAGGUGUAAUGUGGAAUUAAACACCGUUUGAGUGUAACAUUACACUUCCACAGUGUAACUUUACACUAUUUUAGUGUCUCGGUAACACUUACUAGGUGUAAAGUAGAAAAUAUUCUAUUUACACCUAAUUCGGUGUAGAUUUACAUUAGAACGGUGUAACAUUACCUCUUUCCCUGUUAAUUUACACCUUGCGAUAGUGUAAAUAUACACUUAUUCGGUGUAAAGUAUACCAACACUUGCGAAGUGUAAAUUUACACUUUUCCUGGUGUAUCAUUACACCUAGAACGCGUUAAAAUACAUGGCGCUGACGUGAAGUAGAAACUAAUGUAUUAACUAUUAUUGCAGUGUAAAUUUACCCUUAACAAGUGUAAAUUUACCCAAUUCUUGUGUAUGGGAUAACACCAUGAUAGUGUAAAUAUACACCGGAGUGGCGUAAAAAUUAUGAAUGCUUACUUAGUGUAAAUCUACACUGAACCUGGUGUAUAAUUACACUAAGACUAUUUUAAGAUAUAGUUCUCUCCAAGAAACCUGAUUGAUUCAUCAUUGAUAUAAAUCAAAAAUAGAUGGGACAGCAUAUUCUUUCAGCGAUUUCUUGGAUUGGCUUUUUAUUAAUUGCUUUCCCUUAGCUACUAACCCAGCAGUAAGCACUCUCCCCUUGACAAGUAAAAUUAUCUGGUGUUAGAGUAAAAUAAUAAAGUAGGGUGCAAUUUAAUGGGUUAACCGGACCCAUGGCCAGUUAACCCAUUACGUACCAACACUCUCCGCUUGACAAGUAAAAUCAUCUGCCGUAAUGCUGUUAGACAAAAUAAAAUAAUAAAGCAGGGCACGUCAGGGCACAAUGCGACUUAAUGGGUUAAUAUAGUUGUUGGGUGUAAGUUGUUUCUCACACAAUACUGAAUAUUUGGUUGGCAUCCAGUCUGGCCAUUUCAUUGCUGUUAUCCAACUUUUUAGCCGGCUGGGAUUGGUUAUAGGAAAUCUAAAUAGUGUGAAGGGAAAUAUGUAUUUUUGGUUCACUGAUGUGAACAAAACUCAUUUUUUUUUACCUUCAACAGGCAAGGACCUCUAUGAAAGUUAUUGUCAACAUGCAUAUAAUAUAUUUAUAGACUCCUAACACAGACACCAAAACAAGAAGUUCUUUUGGUCUAAUGUUCUUUUACUAAAACUGUAAACAGUUUUAUAUUGUAGGCAACAAGCUCAAAACUACAUUUGGUGUCAUUAUUGUAUUUACAAAACAAAUUAUUUUUAUGCUAUUAAAAGCUGUCUUAUUUUAAUAGUCUUGUACUAUUCUGUUUAUAUGAAGUAUGUUAUAGAGUACAAAUAUACGAUGUGUGUUUCAUACUUUGACUUACUUCUGGAAGGACAAGCGAAUACCAUCUUUUAAAUCCCCACGUCUAACCUUGCAGUUACACUCAGCACACAAAACAGGCCGAGAUUCAAGGCAUUCUUUUAUAGAAAAACAGAUUUUUUAGAAUAGAAUGCCCUAGAAUUUUCAGAUGAAAAUACUGUAUUUUCGUUGAAAUAACAAUGAAAGAACAAAAUAAAUAAUAGUAACUUUUGGAAUAAUCAGAUAUAUGUUACAUUACUUUAGAAAAACUGGUAAAAGACUGAAGGAAUACACAGGAUAAGAAACCAGGCCUGCAGUUUCGCGCCAUUUUCGUCUUUGCCCAUUCUUGCCCGGUUGAAUUUUAAACUGUAAAUCGUACUAAUUAUGACAAAUAUACAUCCAAAACUUUCACACCAGUUAGUUCUUCCAAAAAAAGGUGGUUCAACGGGAUCGGAAAGAGUAGGACGACGUAAAAUGCAAAAAACAUGGUUUUUCCCUAUCUCGCUCUAUGAUUUUUGACCGGUUGAGCCGCCAUCUUGGAUUUUCAAAUUUGGCGCGCCUCUUCAGCCGAGUCAGCAAUCUAGGUCUCCUAUAUCUAUGGCUAAAACCCAUAGAGAGGCCUGCGGAGGAAGCUAAGAAAAAUCAAAAACAUUCUUACAACAAUCGCAUUUCAUGACAAAAACUCAGUCUAUAGUGUAAACGAGUUUAAAAUUAAAAGAACCAACUGAAAGUUUCAGCGGCAUAUCGUGUUGCCUGAUGAGUAUUUUUCUUCUCUUUUACAUUCUUUAUUUGAAACUAGUUUAUAAACUUGCGAGUUGCAUGCCUCCAUUUUGUUUAUUUAUGUACGUAGCCGGUCGUAACUUGUUGCCGGCGGGAUAAAUUGCAUUUAUCUACAGCCACGUGACCACAAAUCAGUCAUUCACGUUUGGUGUUAACCCUAGCUAUAUAUAAAUUAAUCUUAUGUUACUUGAUUGACUAUUACAGCGCACCUACCUGGUAACGAAACUUCUUUAUAUUAUUGUCCAAAUAUUGUGAAAGCUAAUAAACUACAAGCUAUGACGUGGAUGAGGUUGAGCUCCAGGAUAUCAGAAUUAUUCAGACCGAGAUCAGCGUAAUUAUCUGCUGAAGCGAAGCUGAGGCAGAUAACGUUGACCGAGGUCUGAAUAAUUCUGUUAUCCUGCGUAAGCCGAAUUCAAUAAUUCUUUUAUUAUUCAAAGUCAUUAAAUUUUCAGAAUAAUUUGUCUUAACCUAUUUUUUAAUUUGCUCUGUUGAAACCGAAGCAAAACGAGCAGAAGCAGCAGAAGCAGCAGAAGCCAUUGUCAAAACAAAAUAAUUUUACAAAAUUUCCCGUUUUUUUCCAAUUCAUGCAAACUACCGCUGCAAAAAUAGCGGGCACCUACACAGUCAGUUGGAUAACUGAAGGUUAAGGAUAUAGUUACAUUUAAAAUUAAAUUGAAAUACGGAAGAAAUUUCUAGAAACAUCUGAUUUAUACCCAAUUUUAUCAGAAAACUAUAGUAAAUCAUAUGUAUUUUGUUAUGAGUUUCCGAAAUGACGUCACGCCGGCCCUAAAAGGCAUUUUCGGCCCAGUACUUUCAUGCUCACGGUUAAGGAGGACGGACAUUUUGCCGAAAGACACUUUGCCGAAAGACAUUUUGCCGAAAGACAUUUUGCCGAAAGACAUUUUGCCGACGGACGUUUUGCCGAACGGACAUUUUGCCGAACGGGCAUUUUGCCGAAUGGACAUUUUGCCGAACGGACAGUUUGCAAUUGACGAACGUAACGAACAUUUUGUUGAAAAUAGAGAUAUCUUAUAGAGAUAUAGAGAUGACCGUCGGCAAAAUGUCCGUUCGGCAAAAUGUAUUUCGGCAAAGUGUAUUUCGGGCCGUUUCGGCAAAGUGUCUUUCGGCAAAAUGUCCGGGUACCACGGUUAAACGCUCUAGGAAAAUUCACGAUUUAUAGAUAGAUCUAAUAUCCACUGGCAGUGUGUUCCAUAGUUUUGGCCCAACUACCGAAAAUGCUCGAUAUCCAUAGGUUUUAAGUUUGUAUGGUUGUUCUGUAAGACGCCAUGUGUUUGCUGACGAUCGAAGUUUUCUUGUUGUUUCAUAGAGAUAUACAGGAUUUUGUAAAUAUUUAGGAGCAAUGUUAUUUACUAUUUUGAAGCACAUUAAAUUCAUCUUAAAGACGUUUCUUUCUUGAACUGGCAACCAUGUAGUGCAGAUUCCUGAAUGUUGGACGUACUGAUGUGAUCAUACUUUCACAAGCAAAGUAUGAUCACAUCGUAUCACAAAGUAUCAUGACGUCUUACAUCUGAAGAGUUUGAAAUUUUUUUAGAAAGUUAACUGCCUAUGACAACAGUGACGUUUGAAACUGGCGGAUUUUGGUUUUAAAGUAAUUUAUCUCGUAAACGACAUCGAUGACCCCUAAACUUUAUUUCAUAAAAUGAUUAUCGAGUCAUUCUGCAGGUUCGAAUGUAUACGUUUUUGAACUAACAACUGUUUAUAGUUGAUGCUUGCUUAUAGGUUUGUCAUUCUUGUGUAGAUGUUUCUUUAACUAAUGAAAAGACCACCGGAAAAUCCAGAAUUCCAGUUCCGGAAGACAUCGAACUAUCACAGCAUUCUGACCACCAAAAGGAAGGAUAGAUUGGUAGCUACACGAUCGGAAAUUGCGGUCAUAAACUAACAGCUAAAAUGAACUAACUUGUCUUAAUAGAGCAUGCGUAGAUUGUACUGAAUAUUGAUGAGGUGAACUACUUAAUUAUUUCAAGACUUGUUAUUUUAUUGGGUAUAAUUUUGAGGUUAAGAAAAGGUUGAAGGCUCAACAACCAUAUUAUACAUAGGUAAUUGAGGAACAAUCAAGAACACUUUAAAUUUGCAAUUUAAGUCUUAUUUUGUUGCAAAAGGUUAAAAUAAAGCCAAACAAAACUGAACCCACGAUGAAAUGCAGUGAAUACUCAGUGAUUUAGCCAUUUCUCUCUGCAAUUUCUAAUAAUUCCACUUGAUCCAGGCUAUCAACUGGGGCCUGUUGUAUCAAAGACUUAAUUAAUUUUUAACUACCCAUGCACCCUCGCAAGAAACUUUUACGAAUUUUUCAAGAAACGAAGCGCGCGGCGCUCUCAAUUUUCGCUGCCUCGACCCCAUAAACCCCUGCGCGACGUGUUCGAUGCGGGGCACUACUUCAUGCAGACCUUUUAUAUGGGGACUCAUUUGUGAAAUCUUUUUAUAGCGCCUGGGGACGAGGCAGCAACUGGCCCCUUAAUUAAUAGUUUGAAUGGUAGAUGUAAUAAUUAGUAGAUCGAAUGAUAAAAUAUGAUUAUUAAUAAAUAAAAUUGUUUUAAAAGUUUGUUUGAGCUUUCGUCGUCUACAGGGACAUCGCGAAGCCAUCAACAUUAGGGGGGUGUCGUCAUAUUUUGACCAAGUAGUACAAGUUUUUCCCGAAAAUGUUGUCGACGGGGGGGGGGAGGGGGUGAUGGAAGGUCAAAACAAUUUUUCCGCACUAACAUAAGCAUAGUCAAAAAAAAUUUCCGGGCUAACAUAGGCAAUUGAACAUUUUUCGACUAUGAUAAGCAAGGCUUCCAAUUUUUUCACCGUAAACAUAACAAAAGCUUUAAAAUUGUUAAAAUUGCCAACAAUUUCAUAACUUUCAGCAUCUGACCAUUUUUUAUUGCAAACUUUGAUCAAAUUUUUCCGAGUUUUACCUUCAAUUUUAAGCAAAUAUCAAUUCCAUUUUGACCAACUUUGGGCAAAUACCUGUUCUAUUUUGACCAACUUUGACCAACGUUUGAAUUAUUGGCGGUGUGUUACACCCCCCACCACCCCACCCCCCUGUAGCAGGGUUCGUAGCGGUCUUUGAAAUCCUUGAAAGAUUUGAAUUGGAAUGCAGGUCUUUGAGGUCUUUGAAAAGUCUUUAAAUUGUGCGAAAAAGCGAAGAAAGUCUUUAAAAGUCUUUAAAUUCUUAUUGAGGAAUUGAUUAUACGAGUUCCUAGCUAAUAAAAUAUGGAUUGAUUGAAUCAAAAUUUUCGCAAAUAUCGAAGAAAAUGCGCAUUUUAGGAUGUGAUUUAACGGGACUAAUUACUGGGUAAAAAUGGUGCUUACGCACUCGUAAUUUUUCGACAGCUAAUUGCUCUCAUAGGUCUUUGAAAAAUCUUUGAAAAUAGGCAGAAAAAAUCUUUGAAAUUUCUUGAAUUUUUUUUUUUGUUUUGGACUAACCUUGUAUAGCGACGUCCCAGGUCGUCAACGACAUCAUCAUGCAGAGACUGUCUGAAUUUAUAACAUUCUUGUACUUGUAUUUCAAUAAAUUCAGACAGACGAAAGCUCAGACAAAUUUUUAGAAUAAUUUUAUUUUUCAAUGAUCAAAUUUUAACAUUCUUAACUAUGCUAAUUAUAAGUUAUACUAGUAACUCAACGGUCUCAUUUAAAU